AUGAAUGGAGUCGAUUACAAACGCUUCGUGCGUUAUUUCUAUGACCCUCCGCCCAAAUAUGAUGAUAUGUCGGGCACUCCGGUCUGGCUACUGGGGAAUGAGUACAAAUCCACGCCAACGAAGCCAGUAAAUACUACAGACCAUGAUGAUGUGGUGGAGGUCGAGUCAUCCAACGACUCCCACGACCCGUCGGAAGCGAGCGAAUCCACUGCAACUGAUCUACAACCUCAGCAGACUCAAAACACUAGCAGUGGCAGUUUUGAUGAUGCACAGCAUGUCUCUGGUCAUGACCUCCCCUCGUUAUCAAAUGAUCCUACUGAUGGUGGGUGGCCGCAUGCCUUUCUUGACGACUUCGAGUCUCGGAUAUGGAUGACGUAUCGUUCCAACUUUACGCCGAUUCCUCGUUCACAAGAUCCUGCUUCCAGCUCCUCUAUGUCGUUUUCAGUCCGACUUCGCAACUUGACGGAGCGGGAAGGGUUCAGCAGUGAUACGGGUUGGGGGUGCAUGAUUCGAUCAGGACAAUCGCUCCUGGCAAACGCCCUGAUUGUGCUCCAACUCGGCCGUGACUGGAGGCGACCUCAAGCGACCACCCCUCCUGCCCCACCCACUUCCUCGUCUGCCUCUAUGCAAACCGAAGCCUACAUUCUCUCCCUGUUUGCUGACUCCCCUGAAGCUCCAUUCUCUAUCCAUCGCUUUGUCCAACACGGCGCCUCCGCUUGUGGGAAACACCCCGGCCAAUGGUUUGGCCCAUCGGCAACAGCUUCCUGCAUCAAGGAACUCUCUGCAGAAUGUGCUGCCGCUGGCCUACGAGUGUACGUGACCCCUUCAGCAUCAGAAGUUUAUGAAGAUCGAUUUCGUACUAUAGCCGCCACCAGCGCAACUGAUGGAAUCAUCAAACCGACCCUUAUCCUCCUGGGCAUUAGACUUGGGCUAGAUAGAAUUACACCUGUCUAUCACGAAGCGCUUAAGAGUGCGUUUACAUACCCGCAAUCAAUUGGCAUAGCGGGUGGACGUCCCUCUUCCUCGCAUUACUUCAUCGGCUGCCAAGGGGAUAUCUUUUUCUAUCUCGACCCUCACGAGACCCGCCCGUCUCUCCCUUUCCACUCAAAUGCCUCAGACUACACUGAAGAGGAGAUCGCAACCUGCCAUACACGGCGACUGCGCGGCCUGCGGAUCUCGGAGAUGGAUCCCAGCAUGCUGAUUGGGUUUCUAAUCAAGGACGAAACAGACUGGGAGGACUGGAAGAGAAGGCUGAAGGAAGUCAAGGGCAAGGCGAUCGUCAAUGUGUAUGAAAAAGAGCCGCCUGUUCCUGGCGAGACGAAGGAGAGAAAAGAGGCGGUAGAUGAGGUGGAAACAUUCGAUGACGAAGAUGAAGAUGAAGACGACGAGACGGUCACAGUAACAGGUAAGGAAGAGGUAUCGUUGGGAUCGAUCAAGCCUCCACAGGUACCUGCAACGGGAGACCCGCCUGUGCCCGAUGCUCCAACAAAUAUAGAGACGAAGACGUCAUGA